GUACAUUUCACCCACAUAUCCAACGUGAAGCGAUCUAAAAUUCUUCCCAGCUGUAUGACGAUGGAUCAAAAAAAGAAAAGACUGCACAAUUCCGGUGCCUGUGUGUCUUUGGAAAAAAAAGCUUGCAUUGAUAUGUUUGAUACCUGGUCCUGCAACGAACAGGUGGACUUUAUAUGCAGUAUUUUGUCUCGGAUGUCCCAUUUUCAACAAAGCCAAGUGAACAGCCUUUUAGAACCUCUUCUGAAACGAGACUUCAUCGUUGCUUUCCGAACACACGGCGUUCCUCAUCUGGCAGAACAAAUCCUCACACAAUUAGACGCGUUAAGUUUACUAUCCGUUGAAUUGGUUUCCCGUGGAUGGCAAUGGAGCGUUGCGAAAUAUCAGCUGUGGCGCCGCUUGAUCGUUCGCCGUAUUGGGACCGACGCUGUAUGGCAUGGCCUCGCCGAACGUCGCAGAUGGCUACAACUAGUUUACCUAACAGAUCCAGAUCAACUUCCCGCAGCACUCGAACAGCGACGCAUCUCAUUGGGACUGCGCCAAAAGAUGUCUGAUCUUCCUCUCUUCAGUGGCCCGUUCGCUUGCCACGCAGUCUCCAAGCCUUGUGUAGAGGAUACAAAGUCCCAACACCAAGACCCUUGUUGUCAUUGUCACGGAGAUGGAGAUGGAAACAAUCCCAUCACAAAUCACAUUCGAUGCACCCCUCAGUCCCGUGAUGUCACUGUGGCUUCUGUCCAUGUUGCACCUUACACCGCAAACCGUUGCCGCGAAGUCUCACUGGACUCACCGAUUUCUGCUGCUCCAUCCAGCCCUGCGCCCAUCGGCACUUCAGAGACGCCUAACGGUCGUUCCCGUGUGAACCACUCGUUCACACUGGAGACAGAUCGCGACGACGCCUCCUUCGACGCCAUCAUGUUUGCCCAUAGAUUUUACAAACAGUUAUAUCCUCGUAUCAUCAAAGAAAUCAAGCGUGUGGAGGACAAUUGGUCUCGGGGGAAUUAUCACCUCACUCGCAUACCCUGCCGAAGUGACGUGACCAAGGGCGUGUACUGCCUCCAGUAUGACAAAGAGAAGAUCGUAAGUGGGCUGCGGGACGACACCAUCAAAGUGUGGAGGCGGUUCGAUGUCAACUCACCGCGGCCCACAAUCACUCGAACUGCACAACCCGUUGUCCCGCGACCGUCAUCCGCUGCACUUAACGUUUCUGUUGCAGCCGUCGGAAACAAUGAUCCCUGUCCUGGAGCAGACGAAGCCAGACCUGCAGUGGACCGCCCCGCGGACGAGGCUAUGGAAGCCGUUGCCGUUGCCGGCGGCGAGGGUUUCGCAACGGAUGUCGGAAGCGAUGGUUACCACUGCACUCAGGUUCUCGAAGGACAUACAGGCUCAGUGUUGUGUUUGCAGUACAUUGGCAAUUUGCUAAUCAGUGGUUCCAGUGACACCACAGUACGCCUUUGGGACUUAUCCAUGGGGCGUUGCUUGAAUGUGAUCAACCACCACGCCGAAGCUGUGUUGCAUUUGCGCUUUCGUAACAACGUGCUUGUCACGUGUUCUAAGGACCGCAGCAUUGCAGUAUGGGACAUGGGACCCUGGCCUCGUGAUGUCCAGUUACGUCAAGUUCUUGUUGGUCAUCGCGCCGCGGUGAAUGUGGUUGACUUUGAUGACAAAUAUAUCGUCUCUGCCAGUGGUGACCGCACCAUCAAGGUUUGGUGCACUGAUACCUGUGCAUAUGUCCGGACCCUUACUGGACACCGUCGAGGGAUCGCCUGUUUGCAGUAUCGUGAUCGCCUUGUAGUGUCCGGAAGUUCAGACAACACCAUCCGCAUUUGGGACAUAGAAACUGGUGUGUGCUUCCGGGUUCUGGAAGGCCACGAAGAAUUAGUUCGCUGCAUCCGCUUCGACUCCAAGCACAUCGUCUCUGGGGCGUAUGAUGGCAAAAUUAAAGUCUGGAGCCUAAAGCACGCGUUGGAUCCACGAGCGAAGCCCAGUCAGCUAUGUAUUCACACGCUUCAACAGCACACCGGUCGAGUGUUUCGCUUGCAGUUCGACGACUUCCAGAUUGUUUCCUCUUCUCAUGACGACACCAUUUUGAUAUGGGAUUUUGUUCGACCUUCUGCGGGAACGGAGGAACACGAUGAUGGGUUCGAUGAUGAAAUCCACACUGCAUUGGCAUCACAAGCUCAGUGUCUUUGUCUGCCUGCCUCCAACUCACACGUCCAAACUUCACCGGGUCCUUCUAGCGCCCCUACUAGGGGACCAACAAAUACCUCUAGUCAUCCAUCCCAGUCGACACCGUGUACUUCAUUAAUGCCCAUCUUUCAGAAUGUUACUUUGUCCUCUUAUAAUGCUUUGCACUCUGGUGCGGCGGCAUGCGUUGAAAUGGAAAAUGAACCGACCGCGCCUAACGCUUCGUCCGCGUCCGGAACUAUUCGCGUUACGACCAACACCAACAGAAUUCGUCGUACCGGCAAUUCAAACAACGCUACUGUGUCCGCCCGGCCCGCUACUCAUGAGGGGAACGAACGAUCAGCCGAUACUCCCACUUGCAGCCACCAUUCUUCGAUGUCAUUCCGGAACCUUUACUCCGAUAGCUGACCAAGCACUAACUAGGAGGACCGAGUUUAAGAUGUGGGAAACUUCGUUGUGCGCACUCAAAGUAGAAACGGGUUACCUCGAAGAAUUCCGGUGUAAAUGGCGGCGAGCAUUUGUCAUCCCUUAAUGUGAUCCGACACGCCUUCAUCUGCAGUGAAUCGUAUAUGUCGAAGGGAGGACCAUGGACGCCACCUUCAGAGUACGUACGAAGCCGUAGUAUACUUUCGCCAGAAGUUUCUUUCGUGUCCAAUUUCGAACGCACAGGUUGUACCCUCUCUUCCUCUCCUGAACGUUUUUAACGGCGUCCUCUCAACGGCAUCCAUACCUUCUUUAGUCGGUGCAGCUUGUUGGUCCUGUGCUUCGGUUAUCGUUGCUCGCCGAUCGUUCUUAUCGAUUUGCAGCCAUAGUUUAUUGUUUACAUCGGUGCCUGUUCCUAAUGAGACCGUUUCUGUGGCGUAGCAGCGCACAGCGUUGUUUCCUUCAUUCGACUCGGUUACGACUCACCCUAUUUGUCUGUUUCUUUUCUUUUUCCAGUCCCCAUUGCUUGUUGUCGUUGACUUUCUCCCCGCCAUUCUGUCUUCUUCGGAAGAUAUUUUUUGGACACACAUUCACACACACAUUGCGGCGGGCCAAGUCCCCUUGUAUAUUCUGUCGCGUCAGCCUCUCAUUAGACUGUGUUUAUUUCCGUGCACACUUCUUCCGCCAGUUUUUCACUGCGUUACCAUGUGAUGGUUUUUCGGCCCAGACGAACUACUCAGGAUACAUGAUGCUAAAGAGGAGAGGCGCGCCAUUAGUUCCUGCCUGAUAUGACGAACUAAUUGCGUGACAUGUGCUAUAGCUUUGUCAUCCACCUCGACGUCGCCGUAGGUUUUGCGUUGUGUGCGUCCAGAGAGCCACCGGUUUUAACAUUUUUUACAAAUCUUAUCGGAUUGACGCAUGAUUCUGUCCCUCGGUUAAGAUCUUUCGCUCAGAUUGCGCAGCAGUACUCGUGCACUCAUCGACUGUCCAGGCGAGGGCCAGGCGGCCAACUUCGCGUUUAACGAGACCACUUUACUUGUCCUGUGCCAUACAGAUGAAUUCCCGUUAAUAACAAGUAGGCCUUUUAUUAUG